AUGUCGGUCCUGUGUGACGCUGCCCGGCCAGGGCCCGGCCACGAGACCUCCGAGGCCACGGGCACGGAGGAGAGCCUCGCGGAGUUCGAGGGCCUCCUGCGGCUGCUGCGGCAGAAGCACGCCAGGCUGUGCCGCGAGAACGCCGCGCUGCGGGGGUGGGGCGCGCCUUCCCAGGAGAAGACGCGCGCAGACGGCGCCGCGGACGCCGCGGGCGGCGUCCAGCAGAGCACGGGCGGCGCCAGCGGCCGCGCGCCCUCUCCGGUGAUGCCGCCGGCAGGGUCGCCGCUAGCGCUCGGGGCCAGUGUCCAGGAGCGGGCGGCGUCGUGUUCACCCCGGAGCGAGGCCGCCGUCUCCGAGGGAGGGCCGUCGGCGAGGGUACCGACGUCGGAGCUUGCCUCCGACAGACUCUCCAGGGAUGCCAGGUACAGAUCCCAGAGACUGGGCGGCAGCAGGGAGCUCGUGGAGCACUUCGGUACUGACACGGGGGGGUCCCAGGCCAAUAAGAAGAUCGCCACGGAGCUGAUGCAGAAGCACCUGGCGAGGCGGAACCCCAACAUGAAGUAUUUUGGGUUCACGGGUGCGAAACGGUUGAAGGAAAAAAUGAAAUGGGUCCGCAACAACAAUUUCGACUACACAAUGGCGAUGAUCAUCGUUCUCAACGCGGUCUAUAUGGGAGCCCAGACUUGGGUGGUAACGAACAGUACCAGGUAUGACCGGAACAGCGCAGAGAAAGACAGGAGAGGCUGGUUGGUUGGAGAUAUGAUAUUCGCAGCAAUCUUCACCAUUGAGCUUACGGUCAGGGUGUUUGCAUACCAGGUGAAUUUCUAUCGUGGGAGUCAGAAGUGGUGGAACUUUUUCGACUGCGUUACAAUUGUGGCGACAGUGGUGGCCACCCUGCUUGAUAUGUUUGGUACCGCGCCUGGCUUCUACAUUAACUUCUUCAAAGUGUUGCGACUUGCGCGCCUGGUGCGAAGUUUGAAAGUGUCGAAAUCCCGUUUCUUUCACAACUUGAAGGUUCUCAGCUACACUGUGGCUGGGAGUGCUAACGCGUUCAUGUCCGCAAUCACACUUUUGUUUGUCGUCAUGUACGUCUUUGGCAUCAUGUUCAUGCAGGGGCUGCAGUCGUAUAUUCUAAGCGACAACGCCGAUCCACAGGUCAUGCUUAAAUUGGAGGAUUAUUUCGGGUCCCCACCAGACACCAUAUUCACUUUGCUGAACUCGAUCACUGGCGGGAUCAACUGGCACGAGGUGGCAUUUACGCUGCAUGGCGUAGAACCCUCUUACAAGUGGUUUUUCGUAGCGUAUAUUACGUUCACUGUCCUGUGUGUCCUUAACAUUCUCAACGGUGUGUUCGUUACCGUUGCCAUCGAGUCUGCCCAAACGAACAAGGAGUUGGCAAUCGAGAACACCCAACUCAAGACCAGGGCUCUCAUAGAGCAGAUGGUGGAAUGGUUCAUCCAGGCAGACAAAGACAUGUCAAACAAGGUCUCGUUUUCGGAGUUGCACGGCCUCAUGCGAGACGACAAAGUACGAGUCUUCCUCCGGGCCAACGGCAUUGAUAUCGCGAGCGCUGCCCAGCGGCACGGUGGCGGAUUCUUACUGUUGGAUCGGGACGGCACUGGGCAGCUCGAGCCAGAAGAGUUUGUUGACAACCUGAUCAUGCUGCAGGGGAACGCGAAGGCCAUUGGGUUUUCGGAUUUGGCAUCAUUGAGGGUGGUGUGCGAUGAUAUGUCUCAGAGGGUCGCCGAUAUGGAGGUCAUGAUUCGUGAUCAUUUCGAUGGCCCAGAUUCGCCUCCGGUUCGGCGUCGUACAACGCAGGUUCCUGGCGGGCUCGGGCGUGGAACUCCGCGUGGAUGGGAUUUGUCAGAAGACGCCUUGGCUUGGUCGUGCCAGAGUUCGUCAAAGUCAAUCAGGUCGUGGAAUUUCUUUAGCAGUACUCAGUCGCCAAUUUGA